UCUCUCUCUCUCUUUCUUAUUCUCUUUCAAGUGCUUUCACUCUCUCUCUCUAGAAUUCUUGAAAUUUCUCUGCUGCUUGAAAAUUUUGAUGGCAUCCGAUCAAGGAGAAGCUUCGUCAUCCUCCGAUCCGAAAGGGGCGAAGAGGGAUUUUAGCACGGCGAUACUCGAGAGGAAGAAGGCGGCGAAUCGGUUGGUUGUGGACGAAGCUGUGAACGAUGAUAACUCUGUCGUCUCUCUGAAUCCCGAGACCAUGGAGAAGCUGCAGCUUUUUCGCGGUGACACGAUCCUUUUGAAGGGGAAGAAACGUAAAGACACUGUUUGCAUUGCCCUUGCUGAUGAGACGUGUGAAGAACCAUCCGAUCCGUAA